GCUCUUUGCUCCAUAGUGAACUUCCAAGUUGAGCUGUCGGUAAGGCCAUGACGUCAUUCCGGCUCUCUCACUCGCUCGCUCAUACACACACACUGGCUAUCCAGCAGACCUCCGCCCCUGCAACCAUGCUGCCGAAACACAGGCAACACUUCGGAUUUUACCCCGAAAGCCCUUAGAGAAGGAGAAGACCGGACUCUCCUGAGUCGCCUCGCGGACUUAGCAGACACCGUGACCGGGCAGAGGCGCUUCCGCAGUCCGGCCGUUGUGCGUGUAGCCAUUAGCUGGCGUGUAUGGGAGUGAACUGGAGAAAAGCGAGGAGCUGAGGAGGAGGUCUGAAUUGUCCAGCGGGACUCAGCUAGAGGAGCCAUGACUGAAGGGGAAGGACAUUUUUACAGCGUGCAGGUGGGAGACUCGACCUUCACAGUGCUGCGGCGGUAUCAGCAGCUCCGCACUAUCGGCUCUGGAGCACAGGGCAUCGUCUGCUCUGCUCUGGACACUGUCUUGGGCAUCCCUGUAGCUGUAAAAAAGCUCAGCCGACCUUUUCAGAACCAGACCCACGCCAAGCGAGCCUACAGAGAACUGGUGCUGCUCAAAUGCGUCAAUCACAAGAACAUCAUUCGUUUACUCAACGUCUUCACACCUCAGAAGUCCCUGGAGGAGUUUCAGGAUUUGUAUCUGGUGAUGGAGCUGAUGGAUGCCAGCCUGUGUCAGGUGAUCCACAUGGACCUGGACCAUGAGAGGAUGUCCUACUUGCUUUAUCAGAUCCUGUGUGGCAUCAGACACCUGCAUUCAGCUGGUAUCAUCCACAGGGACCUGAAGCCGAGUAACAUAGUGGUGAAAUCAGACUGCACUUUAAAAAUCCUAGACUUUGGCCUGGCCAGGACCGCCUGCACGAAUUUCAUGAUGACUCCAUACGUGGUGACCAGAUACUACAGAGCGCCGGAGGUCAUUUUAGGCAUGAAGUACAAGGAGAACGUGGAUAUUUGGUCAGUGGGCUGCAUCAUGGGGGAGAUGGUGAAAGGCAGUGUUAUAUUCCAAGGCACUGAUCACAUUGACCAGUGGAAUAAGGUUAUCGAGGUGCUGGGAACGCCUUCUCUAGAAUUCAUGAACCGUUUAAUGGAGACAGUGAGGAACUAUGUGAUGAACAAGCCACAUUUCCCUGGAGUCAGCUUCAGCGAGCUCUUCCCAGACUGGGCUUUCCCGUCAGAGACCGAGCAUGACAAACUUAAAACUAGUCAAGCUCGGGACCUGUUGUCAAAGAUGCUGGUUAUCGAUCCAGAGUCUCGGAUCUCUGUCCAGGAAGCCCUGAAUCAUCCCUAUAUUCAUGUGUGGUACGACCCAGCUGAGGCCGAUGCGCCCCCACCUCAAAUCUCAGACAAACAGCUGGAGGAGAGGGAACACAGCAUAGAACAGUGGAAAGAGCUGAUCUAUAAAGAGGUGAUGGACUGGGAAGAGAGGAACAAAAAUGGUGUUCUGAAGGAGGAGUGCUUAGUCGACGGUGUGGUGAACAGCAGUGCUACAGCCUCUCAGUCCUCGUCCAUUAACGACAUCUCGUCUAUGUCCACUGAGCAGACGCUGGCCUCAGAUACAGAUAGUUCUUGCAUCGACACCGUCGCUGGGGGAUUAGAGGAGUGACUGUGAGCCUCUGCACUCCGUAGCGUGUUUUUUUUUUUUUUUUCCCUCCCUCUCUCUCUCUUGCCCCCUCUCUCUCUCACUCUUUUUUUUCCUCCUCCACACAUUUUUCCAGAUGGCAGUGUGGGCCCUGACUUGUUCCAGACAGACAGGCUGUGACUCUCUCGGGCUCUUCUCUCACACAAUCCCUUUUCGUCGAGUUUCUUUGCGUUCAGUUACGUUUCCUAGCCUGAUCGUUUGAGAAGCAAGUCUAGUGUGCUGUAAUAAGAUUUUACAGCAGGAACUGAGACGCUUCCUGCAGCUGUGGCCUAUGAACUAAAUUUGGUCUUGAAUGAAAAUCUGCUUAAAGCUUUGCGUCCCUUCCGAGGUUCCUGCACCGACGAUGUUCUUAUUAGUUAAGUUUAGUAAAGAGUUGGAAAAAUCAGAUUUGCUAAAUUUUAGCUUUCGUGUUAAAAUUGUCUUUUAGCUUAUUGUUUUUAUGUAGGCAUGUGGCAACACGUUUUACCCCUAAUUCAGUUUAAAAUCUCCUGCUAAUGGAUUAGAAGAAACUUUUCAUGAUUACUACUACUACUGUAAUCACUACCCUCCUCUCUCUCCCUCUCCCUCUCAUUCUCUUCCUUUCUGUCCGUUCCACGUAGCUGAUAUUAGCGCUCGUAUUCUCACUCGAGAAGCACAGACACUCCUGGAACAAGCUAAACGAUAGCAAGUUCCUUCUUCUGGAAAUGUAAAAGUUCUCAACGCUCUGUAUUGCAUGCCACUCAUGUUGAACUCUUAAGAAAGAAUGUUUACAGCACCGCCUCCCCCCCCCCGAUGAUGCCUGAAUACACUCACGAAAUGGUAGUGCCUGGCUCUGUAUAUAGACACGAUACAACCAUGUUUUCAAUCAGAGAACUUGAUGAUGCAUCUCACUCAUAUAGGGUGUAGCCGUGUGUGUGUAUGUAUAUACGUACAUGGAUUGUAUACUUUUUUUUUUUUUAAGUGUGCUGUGGAAACCUGAUUUUACAGCUUGGUUUAGGAAAAGUAUUGUAUGCCAUACACCUUUAUUUUGAAACAGGAUCCAUUGUCGGAAAUUUGGAUUUGUUGCAAAUGAAAAGAAAGCUGCGGUAAGUAGAAGCAAUUGUAUCGUUGAUGAGAAACGAUAAAACUGUAGAAACUACGUGCACAUUUUUUCCUUACUGUAUCAUUCCCAAAAGAAUUCUGCACAACCUGCAGCAUCGUGAAUAAUUUGUGAGAAUUGUACAUAUAAGCUCAAAAGCAGAUUGCUUCUUUUUUUUUUUUUAAAUCACUUAUUGGAAAAAAAAUGCCCUUUUACUGAAAGAAAGAAAGAAAAUUAGCUUUAUUUUAUAGUAAACUCUUCAGAACGAGAUGAUCUCGUUUCCCCUGUGUAUGCAAUCUACAUUUUCACUGCGUUUUAUUUUUUACUAGUUGGCAUGCUGUGGCUGAGCACAGCACGUAGCACUGUGUUAUAAAUCUCUGUCCUGUUAACACAAUAGCAUGUGCUUCACAUUGAGCAGCUCAUUGUUACUUGUUGAUCCAAUUUUACUUUUUUUUUUUUUGCGCCCUGGAAAAGGAACCAACACUUAACAUUGUCUGUGCUGAGACUUGAAAAUAAAAUUGUAUAAUAUAGCUGUGAUACAAAUGAAAUGCAUGAAAGCCGUUGUUCAGUACGAAUCUUACUUAUAGGUGCACACCAAGGAACGUUUCUUUGAAACACGUCUUUGAAGAGCGUUUCUUCGGUUAUAUAAACGACUCUAAGCCUCGUUAUUGACUCCUCUGGAGGCGAACAUGGCCGGCUUCAUCUUCAUGUGGUGUGUGUGUGUACACUUCAGGCUUCCUCGGAUGGACUUUCAGAACCGGACCUUCAUCGAGUGGUGCACACAGAAGUGCAGCCUCAGCAUCACGAAUGUUCCUCAUGCCUUAAUAUCCUCGCUAUUUCUUUUCCAGUCUGAUCUGACGGUUAUUAAGAAGCUUUAGGUGGCUGGACAGGACGAUCAAAGACAUUAUCUGUCACCAGGCAGCAUUAUUUGCUCUUGCACAAUAGCUUUCUUUCUCAUUCAUGCACAUUUAUAUCAAAGUGCUGUAAAGACAAGUCUGACAAGGUGCAGGUGUGUGAGAGAUGUCACACAGUUCUUGUUUUCAUAAUCAUAGCACGGUAAUAAUGCACGUUAUGUAUUUCAGUAGUCAGAGGCGAUUCUAGAGUCCGUUGUGGCCCCAAGCAAAAAUUUCCAGGGGGCCCUUCUGACCAGCGUUCAUCACCAAUAUGUUAUAAUCUGACACCAACGAAAAAUGUAUGAAACCAAAGUUUUUUAAAUUCCAAAUGUGAAAAUACAAUGGUAAAAAAACAAAAUAAAUAAGCCCUCGGGCCCCGACUCUUGGGGGGCCACUGGGCCAGGGGGCCCCAAGCAGUUGCCUGCCUUGCCUGUUCACAAGUCUGUAAAUAGUGCACCGUUGGUGUUUUUUUCCCCCUGUAAACUUUCACAAGUGAGCUUGAUUUGCUAAUGAGCAUGAUUUUGUGAACAAAAGAAGCACGCUUUGCGGUAUUAAAUCCGAGUACAAGCUGGACAUUAACUCUCUUAAGGGCUUACUGGUGUUUCAGAGGGUAUGUCUCGGACAUUGUCACUUUGACAAUCUGUAUUGCAAGAAAUGGGACCAGAAUUUUUUUUUUAUUUUUUUCCCUCCACAGUGAUAUUCACUCAAGUUUCCCUAACACUUUUUUUUUUUAGCCAUAAUUUCAUCAUCACUCAAACAUUUCUGCAAAAGAAAACUAUAAAGUAUCUUAACUGCUAUGUAUGAAUAACGCUCUUCCUGCUGCUUUGUGGUUUCUGUUGUCGUAUCCCGUAUGGAUGUGUUCUUUGUGGGUUGUCGCGAACGAAGACUCCUAACGAGUUUCUGUCAUUCAACCCUGUCUGAAACAUUAUGCAAAAUCUGAAACAGGAUUAUAGGUCUGCUGCAACUGAGUGUCCAAUCCAUUAAUUUCUAUGUGAGGAGGGGGGGGGGCAAAAAGAAAUAAUCUGUAACAAAUUGCCAAAUAAAACACUUUAAAUGAA